AUGAAAGUUGGAAUGAGUAUUCUAGGAAUGUAUAUAACGCAAGAGGUCAGAAAGGAAGUACAGAUGUGCAAAAGGAUUGGUGGAGCCAAUCAAGGCUUAAGGAGGAUGAUUAUUCGUGUGGGUGUGGAUGUGGAUUAUAUGGUGGGCGUGCUGAUGCUGGCCGUGGUGGUAGUGUUUUGGGUAGGUGCCUCGUGCUUGACCAACGAAUUACUGGAGACGAAUGCGUAUAAUAAGCCCUUUUUUAUCACAUAUCUGAAUAUCUCGUCAUUUGCGCUUUAUUUGGUGCCUGACCUGUGGAAAAGAAUUCGGUUGAAAAGGAAGGCCUUGCAGGAUCAGAGGGAUCAAAUACUACCUGUUUAUACGCAUGAAUCCUUGCCUGAAUUUUUACCCUUGGUGACUGCUGCUUCCUCAUCUUUGUCUUCCCCUUCAACGGAGGACAAAGCGACCAAGGAUACUAUAAGGCUGAGUCUGCUAUUCUGUGUCUUGUGGUUCGUAGCAAAUUUGGCAGGUAAUUCCGCUUUAUCGUACACAACAGUGGCAUCGUCGACCAUUCUUUCGUCCACGUCUUCAUUUUUCACUUUAUUUCUUGCUGUGAGUUUGCAACUAGAAAGUUUCUCGAAAAAGAAAUUAUCAGGAUUGUUUGUGUCUCUGUUUGGUAUCAUCCUGAUUGUGGUGCAAUCUUCUAAAGAAAGAGAUUCUGUUAGUGCGUCUUCCUUUUUCAUAGGCAACACACUAGCACUACUUGGAUCGUUCGGUUAUAGUGUUUAUACGACACUUUUGAAAUAUGAGGUAUCAUCCAAGGGCCUUCAACUGGACAUCAAGUUAUUCUUGGGUUACGUCGGUAUCUUCACGUUUCUGUUGUUUUGGCCAAUCUUAAUCAUUUUGGAUCUAUCGCACUGGGAAACUUUUGAGUUGCCAAAUAAUUCUCACACUUUUUUUCUGGUCUUGUUAAAUUGUAUCAUUAUUUUCGUUAGUGAUUAUUUUUGGUGCAAAGCGGUUAUUCUGACAUCUCCUUUGGUAGUUACCAUUGGUUUAACUUUCACUAUUCCAUUGGCUAUGCUUGCUGAUUACCUUUGGAGAAACGCAUCCUUUACCUCUUGGUAUAUCGUUGGUGUUUUUUUCAUAUUUGUUUCAUUUUUUUUGGUUCACGAUCAAGAAGAGUCUACAACUGAAAAUAACCAUUCUACCAUUGAAAAACAACAAAAUUCACGUCAUACAGCUUGA